AAUUUCAGAAAUUUCAUUUAUUCAGAACAUACUAGACAAAAAAAAUCAAGAAACCAUCAUACAAGGAGAAAUAAAAGAUGCAUUAGGUGUUACGAAUAUAACUUGGGAAUAUCUUAGAAAUGAGAGAAGAGAACUUAUUGGAAAAGCUUUAAGAAGUAUAAUUAGCCUGGCAUUAGAAAACGACGAAAAUAAAGCUUCGGUAACACCGCAUAUUAAUGAUAAAUUCAGCAAGUUAAGUGUACAUGACUCUACUAGACAUACUAUUAUGGAGCUUGGUGGCACUAGUGGAAAAGACAAGACGGAGUUUUUGGAAGAUGAAGACGGCGACUGUUGCAUGACUGAAAACUAUGAAGGCCAGAAUGAUGAAAAUUCAGUACCGCUGUGGAAUAGAGAUACAUAUCAUAAAUCAAUAGAGAUAAUGUGCUAUUUUAUAGCAUGGUACUGGAGUAUAAAAUUUCCAACAACAAUGUUAGAUUCUAUGGCGUUUGAAGAUGAUAUGACUUGUCUCAUAACACAUUACAAAUUUAAAUCCGAAUGUUUCAUGUAUAAAAAAAUAAAUGGUAUAUGGUACCAAACAGACUACCAGGAAAAAGGUUACCAAGGAAAACCACUUAAGAAACAAUUAGACGAGGGACCAACAGAUAUUCAAUUAUAA